UUGCCAAAAAGAGGCUGUUUUCAAAAAGGAAAGUCGCGGGAAGCAAAACGAAGAAUUUUGACGCUCGGAGAAAUGUUUCGAAAGUUUUUUGGAAGGACAGUGAUUUUGCUAGGAUCGUCUGCAGCUGCAGUCGGUUAUCUUGGGGCAUCUGGAAAUGAAUGGUUUUAUAAAAACGUUGCGAUGCAAUGUGUACGGCAAAUGGACGCCGAAAAUGCCCAUGUUUUUGCAGUCAAGUGCGCCUCCAAAGGUUUUGUACCACGAGGAAAGGACAGGCCAAGUGACAUUCCGCUAAUGAAAACUGAUGUAUUUGGAAUUGAGUUUGCAAAUCCAAUUGGGCUAGCUGCAGGAUUUGAUAAAAACGCAGAGUGUUAUAAUGGAAUGUUAAAAUUGGGUUUUGGAUUUGUGGAGGUUGGCUCUGUCACCCCAAAACCUCAAGAAGGUAACCCGAAACCAAGAGUUUUCAGGCUAUUGGAGGAUAAAGCUGUUAUAAACAGGUAUGGGUUUAACAGUCAUGGCAUUGAAGCAUGCAAGGAAAGAUUGAAUGCCAGAGGGAACUUGAAGGAAACAGGAAUUGUUGGGGUGAAUUUAGGGAAGAACAAAAAUACUGAAGAUGCAAUUGAUGAUUAUGUGAAAGGAAUAAAGGAGCUUGGACAUUUUGCAGAUUACAUUGUGAUUAAUGUCUCCUCACCAAAUACUCCUGGCCUGAGGAAAAUGCAAGGAAAGGAGCAAUUAGAGAGCCUUAUAUUAAAGGCCCUGGAUGCCAGAAACCAAUUAAAGCAUAAACCACCAUUGUUGGUAAAGAUAGCACCAGACCUGACAGAUGAUGAUAAAGUUGACAUAUCAGAUGUCAUUACAAGUGAGAAAACUAAAGUUGAUGGAUUAAUUGUAACAAAUACAACUAUAGCUCGUCCUUUGUCACUAAAAAGUGCAUCCAGGGACCAAGUUGGUGGUCUAAGUGGUGAACCAUUGAAGGAAAUGUCCACAAAGGUAGUUGGUGACAUGUAUAAGUUAACUGAAGGACGUCUUCCAAUUAUUGGUGUUGGAGGAAUUUCAUCCGGACGAGAUGCAUAUGACAAAAUUCGUGCUGGAGCGUCACUGGUACAAUUAUAUACGGUGUUAACCUACGAAGGUCCUACCGUUAUUUCAAAAAUCAAGAGGGACCUGGCUGAUUUGCUCAGAGAUGAUGGUUUCAAAUCAGUUGCUGAGGCUGUCGGAGCUUCGCACAGAUAAUGGAAAAUGUAAGGAAAAUAUGAAGAACUUUGUCUGGCAGAACCUUUAUAAUUUUGUAAGUGCUUGGGCGGGUUUUUCUUAUUCUGAAUGAUGGGAUGUUUUUUGGUACAAAAUGCAAUGGUGGAUAGCGCCAGAUUUGUUUCCGUCAAAGUCAAACGAUUGGCCGUUUAUGCAUUUACCUGUCAAAACAAUAAUUGAACAGAAUUGCAGUGCAUCGACCCGUUACGGGGUUUCAAACAGUUUUUAUUGACAUUGGAUGACAAAAUUAUCUAUCAAAACAUUAUAAAUUUUGUAAUUAGAGAACGCGAUAUUUCCUUAUAUGUAUUUAUUGCUUGCUUUAAUUUUUCGCUUUUUCACUGAGAAAACAGAAAAUUAUGCAUAUACAUUAUUGCAUGUAACAGAAAAAUAAUUUUUUGCAAUUUAAAUUGUUGAUUUUGGUGUGCCAUUGUCAGUUUUGCACAUAACACUACGAAAAUCUUAACUUUGAGGAUUUUUUUUCUAAUUUCUUUUGACUGUGUUGUUUUGUAAAGUCGAUUCUUAAAGGUAAAUUAAAAAUAGUGCUACAUUGAAUUGGUACAUUGUAUCUGCUUUAAAGGAGGAAAAUCUAUAUGGGGUGAAUUGUGGAUUCUAUCUGCUUACGUAGGGAAAUUUUUAGUAAUCUUAUUUCUUUUGACUAAAAAAGAGUGAUUAAGUUUGUGUAAGAAUUAACAACGGAAAUUGAAAUUGAAGGAAUUCUUUUACUCUAUUUUAACUUUGCAACCGAACCAGAAUAUUCACCUAAGUAGAUAUUUUAGACUGAUGUAUGCCAUAAAAUUUUCGUGUUUGUAUCGUAUCGUAUUUUUUCUGUUCUUGUUUCUUUCCGUUCUUUCCAUAGUGCUUCUAGCUUCUAACUUUGUAUUGUACGUUUUAGAAAGCAUGUUGUUAUCAAACAAUUUUAUUUGAUUUGACCAUUUUAAAAAACUUAAAGGAAAGGGAUACUAUACCAACAUUUUGGCUGGAAUGUUCAUUUAAAGUCAAUGCAAUGA